GCAGGGGCAAACAGGAGUCAAACUCACACACACACUCACACACACACGCCGACAGGCUGACUUCCAGCACGCUCGCAGCUGAACUUGGCUCACGCCGCCGCUUCUGUGGCGGAGAGAAAGAACACGCACCUCCGUGGGAGAGCGCAGAUAAAGACGUGCCUUCAGUCUCGGAGCGGCGCUGUCACACGCUGAUAUCCAAAUACGCAUUUAGACGAAUACACAGACACAGUCAGGGAUCAGACACACACAUGCCCACAAACUGACACACUCACUUCUGACACACACACAGGGGAGCGAAUAGUCCCUCUCUCUCUCUCUCUCUCUCUCUCUCUCUUGCUCGCUCAGCUGCUCUCUCUCUCUCUCUCUCUCUCUCUCUCUCUCUCUCUCUCUCUCUCUCUCUCUCUCCCUCCCAUCCACACACACACACAUACACACACACACACACACACACACACACAAACCAUUACAGUAUAUCAGCGAGUGACUAGCGGAGAGCCAGAGGGGAGUGCAGAAAUGAAUGUGAAGAUCCUGACGCUGGUGAUUGUGCUCUUGGUGUCUCUGCUGCGUUCUGCCAGUGCUGGUCCCAUGGCCUCCACGGAGCACGGCAGGGAGCUCGAAGAGGCGGCUGCGGUUAGAAAAAUGGUCCAGCAGAACGGCGCGAGGGCCGGUCAGACCCACAGACCAGCCGGCUGGAAGAGGAGACGCCCACGGCCCCGUCUCUCCCACAAGGGGCCCAUGCCGUUCUAGAGCAAGGCACUGCUUUGAGCGCCCUCCCCCAGGUUCUGAUUUCUAUGCUCUUCCUUUGCCUUGGGGGGCCUUGCAAUGACGGGCCUUCGCUUGCCCAGCCCGAAGAGUGAUGUCCAUAGCACCUGCUGGUUCUUCAAGCAACUCUGUCCACAAAAAAAUCAGGACAAGCCGCUCACCCUCAGCUCUAGGAGGAAUUGGGGACAGGGAAGGGGGGGUGGGGGGUAUUGAGCCCGAGCUGUCCGACUCUAUUUCUCUGUCUCUCUCUUUCUGUUUCUCUCACUCCCUCACUACUUAACUAUCUAAUUUCCAAAGUGUUUUUUUUAUUUUCCUAUUAUUUGCUUAAUCGAGCCCGAUCUUAGCAAAUCUCCCCGAGUGUUUCACACACUUUGCAUGACAUGUGGUGAAGAGGGAGCCCGGUCAAAACAAUCUGAGUCCUAAAGCAUCUGACACUUCUCCACAGUGUGAUAUUCCCGUCCUUCCGAUCCAAGGUUACUGCAGCUGAUUUCUUUGCUGUGUAGCUAAUUGCUGGCUUUAAUAGCAGGAGAGUGCGCCGAUCAUAAAGGGGAGCGAUGUCGACAACAAAUGGGAAAGAGAUGUUUCGGAUGACGGAAGAAAAUCACAGGCUUCGUGUUUUAAGAUGAAAGAGCAGGAACGUCACACCUGAACAACAUAAUCAUUGAUUAAUUCUCAUCAUUAAUGGUGCUUUGUGAGGUUCCAACAACAGUUUGUCCACAUGCAAAGUAACGUUGGACUGAGAGGAAAGUACACAUGGUCAAAACAAUCUCUUUACUGUAAGCGACAGAGUACUUCCUUCAUUUAGGAGAUUCUUUAAUCCAAAGUUUCUGAACUCAUUACCAUCUUAAGGGGGUUCACUGAUAACUAGCCCCACCUUGGAUGAGUCCUUUAACCCCAAAGCCCGACCCCUAGCCUCCUCACCACACCGCUGCCCUGCGCAGCUGCUCUACACGACUGUUAACUGGCAACGGGGUGGGCCGCUCCACCGGCGGGCCGCCUUGCCUCUUAAUGAAGUGCCAAAUAAUAACCUUCUCCGCGAUGCUGCCAGGAACAAAGUAAUGAAAGGUUAGGGAGAAACGCAUUACCUCUUCUUCAAAGUCUUGAUACACUGACGCAUUAUGCAUGUUCCAUUUCUGCAAACAGAACUCCCACCUGAGACAGCGCUAGCAUGGAGGACACGUUGAAUUAGAGCAAAUGAAAAGAACAUUAGCACAGCAAAUAUGCCACCAGGUCGGACCCUUUGACCGAUACCUUUCACUGACAAAUGCUAUGCCUUUCCAUCGUACUGGAAUAAAUUCCUAUUUAUGUUUAUUUCUGUGUUUUAUUUCUUUUUUUCUCAGGGUGCUGUUAUAGAGGCUUGUACUACAACAUUUAUUUAAUAAGACACAUACAAUACAUUUAAAGCUUAUAUAAACAUAUUUUCGUAUACUGUAUCUUUUAUCUCCCUCUAUGUAUUCAACAAUAUAGCCAUGUAUCGGACUCAGUUUCCCCAUAUUUCGUUGCGUACAGUUGCCUUUCUCCACGGCACAGGUGGUCGCGGCUUUGAUCAUUACGCUCAUUAAAUCCCGGAGUUAAUCUUUCUCAGAUGGAUCUCCCCAAGGCUGGCCAGGGCCACUUAGUCUGGGCUUAUUGUUGAACACGCUCAGAUUGAAACCCCCACCCCCCCUCCGCCUCCAACCUUCAAACCCCUGCCGAUCCAGAGCGUAGCCGCUUCGCAAAUUAAAAACCCAACCUGUAGAGCGGAAUAGGUGCUCAAAAACCGCUUCCUGCUUCUAGGGAGGAAUUCGAUUUCGGUCCACGGGGAUUUAAUCAGUAAACACCGUGUGCGGAGUCAGUCUGGACCAAAUAAGCAGGCGACUGGCAGGUUAAUGUAGAUUUUCAACACCUUUUCCCUCUCGCCAUGUCUCAUGCAAAUACUAUAAUAAAAUGCAGAGUCUCCUCAGUCACAGCAUGAGAAGCUUUUAUUAAGACAGCAUCUAAAAUCACAGUGGUAAUCCACCCAGCCUUGCUCACCUUGAUUAAAAAUGUAUUAAAUCCUAGGGCACUGUGAAGAGUAAUAAUUUCAGUUCCACCAUUAUUUUUUCAUACCCGCUCAGACAGAGAUGUAGAUUUCAUUAAUGCUCCUUGGGAGUGAGAUGUAUUAUUGGGGAAGAGAGUAGGAGGAUAUGAGCUUGGGAUAGAAGUUCAAAGUCGCAGGAGAUGGGAUGCUGGAAGUAGACUGGGUCACGACAAAGGGGUUCAAAUCAAUAUUUCCCCAUCUCAGAAGUUACUGUUAUGGAGCCGAGCAACGUCUGUAUCCGCACUGUUCUUCAUGAAUGUAUCCUCACCAUCUGCACCAGCCAUGCUGCCCUUUCAGAGACCAGAGCAAACCGAUGUUUAUGGAAAGCACCAUUUUAAUUUUGGGCUGAUUAUCAUUUGAAUCCAAAAAAACAAAAGCCAAAUAUCGCGCUGACCCAAAGCCUCCAGUGUCAACGAGUCUGAACAAAUAGACGUGGCUUUGCUCCAAGACUUCUCUGCAUGGGUUCGCAAGGCUGCACUUUUGCAAUUCCAUUAUGCUGCUGGAAACAUACACCCUGAAAACAAGAGUCUCUUGGUAUGGAAUGGUUUUCCAGUGUAUUGUGACAAUUUUGUCUGAUUCUUGUCUAGCUGGUUGUCCAAAGCUUACUUUUUGAAUACAGUGUGAAACGGCUGUAUCUUUUGUGGAUGUAACAAAAUAGAAAAGUAGUCUGCAGCACAAUAUGUCGUGGACACGUGAAAGCUUUCAGGCGUUCUUUUCUUGUAGAUCAUAGCCCACAGCCCUCCCCUGCACAUCAGGUUAAUGGGCCUUGUGGUGUGGAAGGACAAGCACGUCCAGGCUCAAACUGAAAUGGUAAACCAAUACAUUAUGCUUGAGGAGCAAAACCAUUUUCCUUAAUGGUCUAUUCCAGCAAGGCUUACACAAGAGAAGCAGUUCCUUUCCUCUCAGUGUUUCCUCUCCAGUUCCUCCUGUGACCAUCACAAGGCCUGAGUAAUGUUCCUAUGCACUUGUUAGCAUGUUUUCCUGGUAGAAAAAUGUUUGUUCCGACAACUUGCCCCCUGUGUUUAGUUCUUUUCGUCCGAAUGCAUUUGGCUGGGAGUGGGGAUGAGCCGAGAGAUAGAAUAUUCGUUCCUGUCAGAGGUUAAACUAGGCAAGCAGCAGAUCUGAGGCAAUGAGCCCCACGUGAAGAGAUCCAAAAAACACAAGGUUUUAUGUUUUGCCCCAGUGUCAGUCAUUGCUCUCAGAUACGAUUAGUUCAUGGCUAAAUUCUUUGUUCGUUGAGGGAAUACACAUUCCAAGGUUUUAGCUCGUGAAGCUCUCACUGUAUCAACUGUAUCCAACUGUAUCACGUGGCUGCCUGUGGGAUCAAAAGGCUGAUAUUCAAUCCAGCGCAUUCGCACGUUUCCCCCGGCCGGCCCGUCCGAAGGAUAACUAGAUUUUAACUCCCGGGGGAAACAACUGCGAUCUGUCAUUAUCUUCGCUUCCUACACCCAGACUAGGACAGGCCCCUCCCGGCUCGAAUGCAACAGAUUCUCUCCAUCUACGUAGCCGCUGUGUGUGAGAUCAGCUAGAUUCAGAACAAUCUCAGCAGAGAUUCAGUCUGUGGGCUUACACGCCAUAGCAACAGUGUUACUAGGUCUCAAGCAGAUUCCAUUUAAAAGACAAUGUAUUACUCCUGAAACUUAUAUUCUGUUCAUGGUGUGUGCUCAUAUUACUCACCAGGCCAAAUGUACAGUCCCUGUCUCUGUUUUGAUGUUGAACUGGGCAAAAAUAAAUGACAUAAAUAAAUAAAUAAAUAAAACAAGUGUAUCAGAAAUGGUUGAAAUACUGUGUACAUAUUUGACCUUUUGGUUUCUAAUUUAUAAAAGAUAAGCUUUAGCUCUUGGAGUACUUAUUUUAUUUUUCCUUUCAUGCGUAGCUUUGUGUUUUUAUUUUCUAUUUCUGUAAAGUGUGUAAAUAUAUCUUUAUGAUAAUAAGUAAUAUUAAAAAUCUUAUUUUAAGAAAA